AAACUAAUCCAUCAAUCAAUCCCUUUAUUCUAUCAUUUUCCCUAAUCCCCCAACACAACAAACGGGCUUAACGACACGCCCAAACGGAGUACCUAACGAGGCCGAUCUCCCCCACACGUGUCACUCCCACGCUCCCACGGAUCCCCCAACCCAAACGGACUUAUCCUAUUUUGAUUUUGGGAUUUUCUUCCCCACCCCCUCUAAAGUUGUCAAACUUUCUGUCUCUUUUUCCCCCAUUUUCUCUCUCUCCAAACACCACCCUUUCUCCUCUCUCUCUCUCUCUCUCUCUCUCUCUCUCUGACACCACCUCCUCUCUGCAAACUUCACUGUGCAAGCCUUUGCUUGUCUUUCUCGCUUUUCUUUGUCUCUUUUCGCUCGAAAGCUUCCUCACUUUUAUAUUCUCUAUCGCCCUCUCCACAAUUACACACACUCAUCAUCUUCUGCCAGUCAUGCUUCAGAGCUUAGUUCCUCAAUCCCCAAUAGGCGCCGCGAACCCUAACAAUAACCCUAGCUCCUCAUCUUCCUCCAUGAAGACCAAACGCGUCGACCGCGACCUCGCCGGCGGAGAAUCAUCCGGCGAAGACCCCUCCUUCACAAAGCGCCCCAAUUCCGGCCGGAAUUUCUCCCGCGAAAAAACCUCAGACGAGCGCGAGAAGGAGCCCGUCGCCGAGGGCGAGUCGGCCGGUCUUAGACUCCUCGGGCUUCUCCUACAAUGCGCCGAGUGCGUCGCCAUGGACAGCCUCGACGAAGCCAGCGACCUCCUCCCGGAGAUCGCCGAGCUCUCCUCGCCGUUCGGAUCUUCGCCGGAGCGAGUUGGCGCGUAUUUUGCCCACGCGCUUCAGACGCGCGUGAUCAGCUCCUGCUUAGGCACCUACUCUCCCCUCACCACAAAAACCCUAACCGUAGCUCAGUCCCAGCGGAUCUUCAACGCUCUGCAAUCCUACAACUCCAUCAGUCCUCUAGUCAAAUUCUCUCACUUCACGUCCAACCAAGCCAUCUUCCAGGCCUUGGACGGCGAGGAUCACGUCCACGUCAUCGAUUUGGAUAUAAUGCAAGGCCUCCAGUGGCCAGGAUUGUUCCACAUCUUAGCCUCGCGGUCGAAGAAGAUCCGAUCAAUGCGGAUAACCGGGUUCGGAUCCUCGUCGGAGCUUCUUGAGUCGACCGGGCGGAGACUCGCCGAUUUCGCGAGCUCGCUCGGCCUUCCCUUCGAGUUCCGGCCCCUGGAGGGCAAAAUCGGAAGCAUUACCGAGCUGAGUCAACUUGGAGUGAGACCGGACGAGGCCACAGUGGUCCACUGGAUGCACCAUUGUCUGUAUGACGUCACCGGCAGUGAUUUGGCGACGCUGAGAUUGCUGGGCUCGCUGAGACCGAAGCUGAUCACGAUCGCCGAGCAGGACCUGAGCCAUAGCGGAAGCUUCUUGGGGAGGUUCGUGGAGGCCUUGCAUUACUACAGUGCGCUGUUUGACGCGCUUGGGGAUGGAUUGGGAGCGGACAGCCUAGAGAGGCAUAUGGUGGAGCAGCAGCUGUUUGGCUGCGAGAUUAGGAAUAUUCUAGCCGUGGGUGGGCCCAAGAGGACCGGGGAGGUGAAGGUGGAGAGGUGGGGGGAUGAGUUGAAGCGGGUCGGGUUUCGGCCCGUUUCGCUUGGCGGGAACCCGGCGGCCCAGGCAAGCUUGCUGCUUGGGAUGUUUCCCUGGAAAGGAUACACCUUGGUUGAGGAAAAUGGGUGCUUGAAGUUGGGUUGGAAGGACCUCUCCUUGCUUACAGCCUCUGCUUGGCAGCCGUUGGAUUGAAUUACUUUGACCCGAGUGGCCGAUUGGCCGAUUGGGUUGCUUGGAUGUUGCGAAGGAGACCAACAUGAUCCACCACUUUGUUUGUUGGGGUGAAAUUGAUGAACAUUGGGGAGUGAUGAAUUUGAUAAUUGGCAAACCAAUUAUCACGACAUGUUGGGGAUCGAUGGAGGAGGUGGAGUAGUAUUUGUUUUCACUUGGCUGUAAUUCUUUGAAGGAUAAAAACAAUGUAGUUAGUUUUUGUUUUUUAUAUUUAAAUUUAUAUGUGAAAAGAAAAAAGAAAAAGGAAAAAGAUUCAUAUCUGAUGGGGUCUAAUCUAUAGAUGGUGAAUUCAAGUGACAAUCAUUGGAGUUCUUAAAUGAGUUACAAUUGUUUAAUUCAUUUGAGAAUAGUUAAUGUAAGUUUUGGUGAUGCAAUGCCAUGGGUUGGGUGGAAAGUUGCAAUCAAACAUGGAAGAAUAGAAAAGGAAAACAAAGAAGACUUGUCCUGCUUGGUGUGCUGAUGAUUUUAAGGUCACAUUUUGUGAGUGGGAGUCGGGAUUGAAUUGAGCUAUUUCAAUUAAAAUAGAGUCAUGGUUGUUGUUUGGCGCGAUGGGGGAAUUGUACUUGUUAAAAUAAGGGGAAUUGUACUUGUUAAAAUAAAUAACAAUACAACAUAUUGUGUGUUA